GCCAUCUUCUUCUUCUUCUUCCCCGACCUUCUCCCUUAAGGCCUCAACCAAGCAAAGGUUUGAUUUUACAUACCAGAGUAACGGACCCAGCGCCAGCUGGAACAACGACCAGAGACUCCGGCAUCCAGUCGACCAACGUACAAUGGGUUUCAUCCAAGGAAGGACCUCCAAGCAGACGAGCAGGGUUAAGACCCUUCUACGGCUCGCCUUGUCCCGCCUUGCCGCUGCCCGCCGUCCCCGCCUCGCUCGCAAGUCGAUUUCCCGCAGCGAUGUUGGACAGCUACUAGCACUCGGACACAUUGAUCGUGCUCUCCACCGUGCAGAGCAGCUCAUAGAGGAGGACAACAUGCUGGAGGCGUUCAACAUAAUAGAGCUACACUGCAAUCGCCUCAUUGAGUGCGCAAAGCAGCUAGACAAGCCCCAUGAAUGCGGUGAUGACAUUCGGGAGGCAGCCGCCGGGAUCAUGUUUGCAGCUAGGAGGUGCGGCGACCUGCCGGAGCUGACGUUUGCACGAACCAUACUGACAAACAAGUUUGGAGGCGAGUUCGCAGAGAUGGCUAAGGAGGGCGCUGGCGUCGUCGACCCCAUGUUGGUAUGGAAGCUAACUGGCAACAAAGGAGACAUGGAGCUCAAGAAAAAGGUGGUGAAAGAGGUUGCUGCUGAGAACAAUGUGCUAGUGGACUUCUCUGAGCUCCAAGAGGUUGAGCAUGGCGGCAGCGGCAACGUUUCGCACCAUCACAACGUCAGCCAUGAAGGCAUAUACCAAACUAACAUGGAUGGAAGUUUAGAGCCAUCGCACGACGAGGAUCCAUGUGAUACUUCCAACUCUGAUGGAGCAAUCAAUGGGCAUCCGAAACAAGAGAACACGAGAACUUCGGUGCGCACAAGAAGAUGAACUUUCAGAGCAUCCCAGCUCAGAUGCAACAAUCAAGAAUGAGGAAGUGCUAUGUUUAGCUUCCAAACUUACCAAGUUAUGGGUGUGCACAUGUUAAAUCUAUAACUGUAAAGCAACUAACAAUGUCCAAUUAAUUGAGUUAGCAAAACUUUGUGUUUCUUCGUGAACAGACACAGCAGCAGCCACCAGCAAUUAUGAUCUACAUGAUCGCUAAAAAGAGAAGCCCACCUUGCCACGUUAUUUACAUACAACCUAAUACAGGUUCUUGACCAUAGCGCCUGUUAAAAUAUGUGAAAGAUCCCCGCUUCAUGUGGUUUUUAAGCUUUGAAAAUUCUGUGUGUGGCAUAUAUUUGUAAAAUCUACUUUCUUAUGAUGUACAUGUACUUGAUGGAUCAAUAUGAGAUCGCUACAAAUGAU